CGGACGGACCCGGUCUCCCUAGAAGCCGCGCCCAGGUUCGUGCGGGCUGCGCCACGGCGUCCCCGGGGCCGGUUUUCGCGGGUGGAAUGCGUCGCUCGUGGGGGAAGGUUUGAGCGGACGGACGGCGGCUCCCCCGAGGGAAGCUCCGUCCCGCCCGCGCCCCCCUCGCCCCGCCGACCUCCCGGGAGGCGAGCCAACGCGGCCGCCAUGCCGACCGUGGUGGUCAUGGACGUGUCGCUGUCGAUGACGCGGCCCGUGACGGCGGAGGGCUCGGAGGACUACCAGCGGAAGCACCUGGCCGUCCACGGCCUCACCAUGCUGUUCGAGCACAUGGCCACCAACUACAAGCUGGAGUUCACCGCGCUCGUCGUCUUCUCCUCCCUCUGGGAGCUCAUGGUCCCUUUCACGAGGGACUACAACACCCUUCAGGAAGCCCUGAGCAACAUGGACGACUACGAUAAAACCUGCUUGGAGUCGGCCCUGCUUGGCGUCUGCAACGUCGUCCAGCAAGAGUGGGGAGGCGCCAUCCCCUGCCAGGUCGUUCUGGUAACGGACGGGUGUCUGGGGAUCGGGAGGGGCUCCCUCCGGCACUCGCUGGCCGCGCACAAUCCGCGGAGCGACAGCGGCAGGUUUCCUCUGCCUUUCCCCUUCCCCUCCAAGCUGUACAUCAUGUGCAUGGCCAACCUGGAAGAGCUGCAGAGCUCGGAAUCCCUAGAUUGCCUCGAGCAGCUCAUAGACCUGAACAACGGCGAAGGGCAGAUUUUCACCAUCGACGGCCCCCUGUGCCUGAAGAACGUCCAGUCCAUGUUUGGGAAGCUGAUCGACGUGGCGUACACGCCCUUCCACGCGGUCCUCAAGUGCGGCCACUUGACGUCGGACGUGCAGGCCUUCCCCAGGCCGGAACCCUUCGUCGUAGACGAGGAAAUCGACCCCGUCCCGAAGACCAUUAACACGGAUCUGGAAAUAGUGGGCUUCGUCGACAUAGCGGACAUCUCGAGCCCCCCCGUCCUCUCCAGGCACUUGAUCCUGCCCAUAGCGCUUAACAAAGAAGGCGACGAGGUGGGGACCGGUCUGACCGACGACGUCGAAGACGAAAAUUCGGCCAAUCAGAUCGCGGGCAAGAUCCCCAACUUCUGCGUCCUGCUGCACGGCAGCCUGAAAGUGGAAGGAAUGGUGGCCAUCGUUCAGCUGGGGCCCGAGUGGCACGGGAUGCUGUACUCGCAGGCGGACAGCAAGAAGAAAUCCAACCUCAUGAUGUCCCUGUUCGAGCCCGGCCCGGGGCCUCUGCCGUGGCUGGGGAAGAUGGCCCAGCUGGGGCCCAUCUCGGACGCCAAAGAGAACCCGUACGGCGAAGACGACAACAAGAGUCCCUUUCCCCUGCAGCCCAAGAACAAGCGCAGCUACGCCCAGAACGUCACCGUGUGGAUCAAGCCCAGCGGCCUGCAGACUGACGUCCAGAAGAUUCUGAGAAAUGCAAGGAAACUCCCGGAAAAAACCCAGACCUUCUAUAAGGAGCUGAAUCGCUUGCGCAAGGCAGCCCUGGCCCUGGGCUUCCUGGACCUGCUGAAGGGCGUGGCGGACAUGCUGGAGCGCGAGUGCACCCUCCUGCCCGACACGGCCCACCCCGACGCCGCCUUCCAGCUGACCCACGCCGCCCAGCAGCUCAAGCUGGCCGCCGGCCCCGCGGACCCCGCCGCCUACGACCGCAACAUCGCCCCGCUCCAGACCGACUUCUCCGGCGGCGGCUCCGACCGCCUGUAGAGCCGCCCCGCGCUCCGCCGGACCCUUCCCCUCUGGGGGGGGGGGGGGGGGUCGCCGCGCCAGGAGAGCCGGGCCCCGGAGAGAAGGGCCCCGCUCCGGACGAACGCUCCUCGAAGCCGACGACCACGGGGCGGGCGCCCCGGGGUUCUCCGGCGGAUCCCGUUUCAACGGAGCAAUAAAAUGCCCGGUUUUACGGAGCAGGUCCCCGA